AUGGAAAAGCUUUCUCCAUCUUGGCUAGGUUCUUUACAAAUAUGGAAAGGCAAUAUCCCCGACGAGCGCCCAAGAUCCAAUGAUAACGCUACGGCCGAUGUCGCGGGACGGAAGCCAGCAACGGGGCCGCGGCCCAUGGAAGAGUUGAUCGACGAAGCCGUGGCCGACGCGCAGGCAGCAAGACGACGAUCGCAGCGGGAGUGGGCGGUCAGCAGGAUGGUGUGCCACUGGCGCGCGGAGCUCCUCUGGGCGAGCGACGCCGAGUUUGAGCGGCUGCCGCUGGCGCCCGACCGCCUCGUGACGCGCCAUCUGUACCGCUCGGGCAAGAAGCAGCACGCGGCCGACGGGCGCCUUCGCGAAUACAUUGUCAAGUCGCUGCGCGGCGAGUCCUGGGACGCGCUGUGUCGGGCGCCCACCGCAGAUGCAGAGGGGACGACGACAACGACGCCAGUUACGGGUAUGGCUACCACGGGCGCAACAACUGAUAGCUGUGGCAGCUACGAGGACAUGGCAUCAUCAUUGCCUGCUGUUCCCACGCUAGCGCCAGCGGCGGCGCCGGCCCCCAGCCCGGUGCUUCCGAGACUUGAGCGAACCGACCGGCUGCUGAGGCGCAUAGAGGCCUACGGGGCCGUCUGGGUUGAGAGGGACGAGCGUUGCCGCCAUCGCGUGGGAGCGGAAGAAAAAGGGCCAAGGCCGCGGCGCCGGCAGCAAAAGGAGGAGAUGGACUACAUCGUGGUUGGCCUCGAUGGGCUUGCUGCUGCUGUUGCUGACGCUGACGAGGUGGGCGGCGACGAGGACGACUGGGACGCAUGCGCCGACGCCACGGCGGCGAUGGACUGCAGGGCGUGA